UAGAACCUCCACCGGAUGGCGGUAUGAGGCAGUCCCUGUAUGAGGCAGAGUGUGUGCGUGGGAGUUCCUCCUUUCGCCAUUCCGGGGUGUCGCCGCACUACAGAGCGCACUGAGGGAGUCCUGCGAAGAGAGGCAGACUAGUACGCUCCAGGCCUCUUCACACCUUCAUCCAGGCCACACGGUGCCCCAGCAUGCCCCAGAAGACAGGUAUCCGCUCAUUCUUCCCCCAGAGAACCGCCGCAGACCUCCCCAGCAGCCACGUUUGAAAGAUUACGGAGACACCGAGGGAUGCUACUGCAGCAAACGCACCCCGCAACUGCAAACAUUCUCGACGUCUGCCCGAGGACCAGAAACAUUUGGUUGGCCCCUGACAGAAGCCACCGAGGAUGUCCGACAGCGGUGCGAGCAUGAACUCCGACGAUCGGCCGGUUAAAACGGUCCCCUUCCCCCUGAGCCACAGGCUCUCCAUGAAGGAGGUGUUUGACUGUGAGGGGAAGCCCAGAGUAGACCUGCUCAAAGCCCACCUCACCAAGGAGGGCCGCCUGGAGGAGGUGGUGGCCCUACGCGUCAUCAAUGAGGGAGCCGCCAUUCUGCGCCAGGAGAGGACCAUGCUGGAUAUAGAGGCCCCAGUCACAGUGUGUGGAGACAUCCACGGUCAGUUCUUUGACCUGAUGAAGCUGUUUGAGGUGGGCGGUUCCCCCGCGACAACCCGCUACCUCUUCCUAGGGGACUACGUGGACCGGGGCUACUUCAGUAUCGAGUGUGUGUUGUAUCUGUGGUCGUUGAAAAUCCUCUACCCAAAGACGUUAUUUCUUCUACGGGGAAACCAUGAAUGUAGACACUUGACAGAAUAUUUCACUUUCAAAACAGAAUGUAAGAUCAAGUACUCUGAGCAGGUGUAUGACUCGUGUAUGGAUGCGUUUGACUGCUUGCCGCUGGCUGCUCUGAUGAACCAGCAGUUCCUGUGUGUCCAUGGAGGGCUCUCGCCAGAGAUCCACACGCUCGACGACAUCAAAAAGUUGGACAGGUUCAAGGAACCUCCAGCGUUCGGGCCCAUGUGUGACCUGCUGUGGGCCGACCCACUGGAGGACUUUGGAAACGAGAAGACGCAAGAAUACUUCGGCCACAACACAGUCAGGGGCUGCUCCUACUUCUACAGUUACCCUGCGGUGUGUGAGUUUUUACAGACCAACAACUUGUUGUCCGUCAUCAGAGCACAUGAAGCGCAAGAUUCUGGGUACCGGAUGUACAGAAAGAGUCAGACUACAGGCUUCCCCUCCCUCAUCACCAUCUUCUCAGCACCUAACUACCUGGACGUCUACAACAACAAAGCGGCGGUGCUGAAGUAUGAGAACAACGUGAUGAACAUCCGUCAGUUCAACUGUUCCCCUCAUCCCUACUGGCUGCCCAACUUCAUGGACGUCUUCACCUGGUCCCUGCCCUUCGUUGGAGAGAAAGUGACAGAGAUGCUGGUGAAUGUUCUCAGUAUCUGUUCAGAUGAUGAACUAAUGGAGAAUGAUGGAGAGGAAGAGGUCUAUGAUGCCAAUGCAGCGGCAGCUAGGAAAGAGGUGAUCAGGAACAAGAUCCGUGCCAUAGGGAAGAUGGCCAAAAUGUUCCAAGUUUUACGGGAGGAGAGUGAGAAUGUUUUAACCCUGAAGGGACUGACACCCACUGGCAUGCUGCCCAGCGGAGUUCUGUCAGGAGGCAAGCAGACUCUGCAGAGUGCUACCAUUGAGGCCAUUGAAGCCAUCGAUCCUGUUGAGGACUCAGAAGCGAUCCGAGGCUUCUCUCCUCAACAUAAGAUCAAUAGCUUUGCGGAGGCCAAGGGUCUGGACCGGAUCAACGAGCGCAUGCCCCCCCGCCGUGACGCCGUCAACAGUGUGGGCCUCUCCAUGGGCCGCAUGAAUAUGGAGGAGCCCAACGGCACCGACAACAACAGCAAUAUACAGGGAUGAUGCACACACACACAUUUACACAUAAACACUAAUACACACUCUUAAACACACACUUAGAUAUAAAGUACAUACCAACAAAUACACACACUUGACUUACACACAAAGUAAAACACAGUUAUGGUAAACACACACAUACUUAGACAUACACUUAAACAAGGAUCAUACAGAACACACAGUAAACAUAUAGACCUACUGUAUACACUAAUGGUACACACACCAUCCUCCUCCCCCUACCCUGGCCUGUUGCUCCCCAGCCCACCUCUCUACCAGUGUGGCAAGACUGUGCCAUGGAUGGUUAAGGCCUCCUACGGACAAACUGUACUGCAGGUUCCAUUACUACCUGGACACACACACUACUAGAGGCCCCUGACUUGACCACCUGACCACACCAUACUACGGAACACUCUACUGGAAGUUCUGGAACAUUCCAAUGCAAAACAAAGAGCUAGUGUUCUGUUCUCAUUGUGUAGUGGCUGGGUGACGGAUGUUACCUUUCUGUUGUGUCGGGGAAGGGGAGGCAUGUAGGUGAGAGAUCGACGGGGGCUAAGGUGGCAUGCGGGGGAGGGACUUUCAGUCCGUGAUUUACAGUUUCCUCUUCUCAUUUUAAAACAGGAAGUUGUGUCAGCCCUGUCAGUGGUUUACUUCAUUCACUUUAUUUUAUAAGAUAGCUAGAUGGAUAGGGAGAUGGACUGGAUGUUUGUCAUGACGUCCGUGGGUUUAUUUGUGUGUGUGCAUUUGCGAUUGUGUGCGUCUGUGCGGGUGAAAUUUGAAUGGCAUGUUCAUCUGCAAACAUGGUAGUGCUAUCGAACAUGUUUUGCAACUAGUACUAUAUGAUAAUAACAGGACAUUGAAAUUAAACAUAUUAUUUAUUAACUUCAAGCAAAAUACGAUGUUGUCAGAAGGUUCAAAAUGUAGUCUUAUUACCUGAGUGUUGUCUCUCGAUCUUAUUUUAUAAGCCAAUAUGCUCCACUGGCCAGUUAGCCAGCGCUGAGGUGGCACAGACAGUUCACAGUACACUCACUACACCCCAGGCAGAUUGCCUCUAAAGUCAGAUAAGCAAAACUGACCUUACAUCAGUUUUAGGAGCAAUGUCUGUCUAUUCCACUCUUAUGUUCUAUUGCUACCAAGUCAGAGUUGAUUUCCAAAACUGAUCUUAUUUCAAUUUUAAGGGCAACUUUUUACUACUUUUACAUAUUCCACUUGCUGGGACUAUCUACACUUUUAUGUUCUAUUGCUGCCAAGUCAAUCUUAUAAAUAGAAAGCAUAGAAUGGACACCUGUAUCAGAGAUUGAAAUGUACAAAUAACUAUGAUAGAUUGGCUGUUUUGUUGGCAUGCAAUCAGAAUCAGCAAUGAGUGAAGUCCGUUCUAUGCAUUCCAUUUUUAUGGUGUCCUCUUAUAUGCUGUCCAGUAGCCUAUAACCUGAGUUGGCUGUACUGGAAUAAGUCCCUAUAUAUGCUAUUUUGUUCUACUUUGAAAAUGAAAUGAAGUGUUUUUGGCUGAGUGUGAGCAGUGACUAACAGAAGGUUAUUUAUUUGUAAAGCAUUUAUAAAUGCAUCAGUGCAUGCAGUUAAGUUAUUUGAUAAUAAUAAUGUGAAAUUCUAUUUGUGCCGUGUUUCAGUAUGGUAAGUUAUUUUUCUCUUCUUGCUUCAAAUUAACUAAGGGAUAAUAUUUAUUU